UCCACACGUGGUCUGGGGGGGGUCUUGGUGCUUGUUUAACACCAACACAGACAACUAGAAACUUCGGACCAACUCAUGCCAGCUUGUUGCCCCACGUCUAUCACUGCGGGGGCAGACAGACGAGCUCGGAACGAAGCCUUUUUUUUUUUGUGGAUAACUCAGCGAAAUGCCUUCUUACCCCCUGAGCCAGUUUUGUGACCUGGAAGAGAUGAUGUGCAAGCAUUUGUUGAAUCUUGACAUCAGGGAGCAGAGUGGACCUCUACCAUCGCUCAGUCUGGCCAUGAGAACACCAGAUUACAACGGCCAGCCAGGCAGCAACACAUCGCUUUCUCUCUCGUCCCUCUCCUGCAUUUCCACUGAUCUUGCAGACAGAGCACUUCUGACCUCCAGCCUGUGGGGACAGCAGUCAAAAAGCUGUCUGCCCUCCCAGCUCGAUAAUUCCAGCCAAUUGGGAAAGUCAGGCUUCUUUGCCCAGCGCUCCAUCAGCAUGGUGGAAACCAGCAGUCCCGCAACAGCAAGUCAAGGCUGGCCUGGGACUGACAUGAAUCAUUCCCAAAGUGACCUCAGCCCUACCGCCAUGAACAGUAACUCCUCCUCCCGCUAUAAGACUGAACUGUGUCGAUCUUUCACUGAGAGCGGCUUGUGCAAGUAUGGUGGAAAAUGCCAGUUUGCCCAUGGGUUAGAUGAGCUGCGGGAUCUUAGCAGGCACCCCAAAUACAAAACUGAGCCAUGUCGUACAUUUCACACCAUUGGCUUCUGCCCCUACGGGAUGCGCUGCCACUUUGUCCACAACAAUGAGGAAGAAAGGAAACACUCCUAUUCUCGCUCCUCCUCGUCCUCUUCUUCCUCCUCAUCGAGCAUUCCCUCACAGCAGCCUUCCUCCUCCUCCCGCCCGAACAGACCACCUCUGGUCAGACAGAGUUUCAGCUUUGCUGGGUUUCCUUCUACACCUCACCUUGCCGCCCUUACUGCUCAGCCUUCUCCUGCCACUGCAUCUUUCACACGUGCUCCAUCAGCCUCUCCCCCUUCUUGCGCUGACGUCACUGACCUCCUCUCUCAUGCCUUCCUAAAGAUGGACUCUGCCUUUCAGGCCUCCUCUGCCCCCCAAUACCAGCCCUCAGUAGGCAUGGCCAUGGCAGCAGAUCCCUGCUCUCUAUUCCUACCUUCCCCUGACUCUGGCUGUUCUCCAUGCGGGCCUUCCCCGACCACCUCACCUACCCUGAGGCAGAGUCCCGGUUCUAUCGGCACCUUUCCAGGGCCUCUUGGCACCCGAUCCCUAUCUUACACCUCUCUAUCAGACCAGGACCAGGAUGGAAGCAGCUCAGCUAGCUCACUCAGUGGCUCUGAGUCCUGCAGUGGCAUUAACGAUGCUAAUGGCAAACGUCUGGCGGUAUUCAGUCAGCUUUCUGUGCCUGAGGAUCCUACUAGGUUCAGCCUUUAGACUAAGUAUAUACAUUUUUUUUACAUAGAGAUACAUAAUCCAGGCCCUUGCUUACACAAUAUAUGCAGAAAACACAUACCCUUAUAUGUCCUUAUCAAGCACACACAAUGCUAACAAACACUGUAUCCAUAAUAUGCUAACGUAUCUCACACAUGCCAUCACUGAAAUAACCUACAGACAUUCACCUGUGUGGGGUCAAAGUUAACGGAGACUUACUGACUGACUCAGAACGCUCAUUUAGAUUCACCUGUCAGAUUUAUAUGGUUGAAACAUCACCGCGUAAGGGAAUCUGUGAUGCCAAAACUUAAAUGUGUGUAGCCACCAAAACAUAGCAGUGCAGGAAGCGUUCGAAAGCUUCAUUAAAUUAGUAUGCUGAGGCAGCAAAUUGCAACAAAAGUAUUGUAAUCACAGUGUGAUUGCCUGUCGUCACACCUUUUUUUUUUUUUUUCUCCAGACCUUCUGUGUGAUCUUAAGAAUGUGACAAAGCCAAAGAUAUGUUUGUGGCUUAAGAGCUUUGAUUAUGGUGGUACAAACACACAAUGUGACCUAUGUUUUUCCAUUGACUGUUUACACAGUAUUGUUUAUAAGCUGGUGAGAUUGUUUUUUUUUUUUUCCCUCGUAACUGUACAGUCAGAGGUUCUGUUUAGAUCACUGGCUUCCAACCUGAAUGUUAAGUUUUUAAACAACUGAAGUGCCUGUAGCGUUACUUAACAGGUCAUGUUACAGUGUUGAAACAAUAUUUGGUGGUUUGUUAGGAGAGAUGUGAGGAGGGGUGCGAGUCUUCUUUUCUUUUUUUUUCGUGUGUAGUUAUUGUGAGUUCAGGUCUCUCUGUUGUUCAGAUUACUACAGUUGCUGUUCUUUUUCGAUAUCUGGUGCAUUAUUGACUAUGACCAAGUGCCAAAUGACCAAAUCCAGCCUGCCCUGCAAGAGGAGGAACAAAACCAGGCAUAAGCCAAUGUUGAUGAAGUGAUUUUAACUGUGCGACUUUUGCCAUCUGAAAGUGUAUGAGCUUUAAAAUAUAAAAUGUGCCAGGCAGCAAAAACAGCAGGCAUUGUAGAAGAAAAAAAACAUCCAUCAAUAUUGAAAGUCAAAGAUAACACCUCAAAUGACAUGCAAUGUAUUCUGUUACUGAUAUCUCCUGAACUUAGCCAGAGGUACUUGGCAUUUCAGGAAAUAUUUGGAUUGUGGCGUUCAUGUCAAUUUAAGAUUAUUUAAAAAAAACAACAACAAAUGUUCAUAGAAGUGGGGUUAUUUUUCCUCUAAAUGCAGGUAGCACAGGUGUUCCAUUUUUUAAUUUUUUUGAUUAACAUUUCUGUUUUUUGUGACCCCACUAUCUCUCCUCCUCAUUCAGUAUUACUUCUUCCUGUUACGGCUUUGUACUGUCAUGAACGUGUAGCGUCCUGGACACAGCACCCGGGUCUGUUGCCUUAACUGAGCUAGGUCCAGCAUUCUGGAGGGUUAGUGCAAAGUAUGCUUAGUGUUAUAGAAAUUUUACUUAGCUGUGUUUUGUGUGUUUUUUGAUGUAGUUGGUUAGAAAAACAGACGCUGCGCUGUUAUUGGUCUAUUUAAAAUUGCCUUUUCUUCAACAUGUUUGAGGCCUGUUUAGUGGUAAAGGUGAUGAUCUUUAGUAAAUUAAUUUUUCUUUAAUUUAUUUUAACGUAUUUAUAGAGGACUUUGAGUUGUAAAUGCUUGUAUCAAGUUUAAUAUAUUUACUUCUUUUUUGCUUUUUUGUACUGGAAAUAAAGUUGUUUUUUUUACCCA